CAUUGUCAUUGUGAUUGUUUUGUUGUUAGGAUUUUUAAAUUUGAAUUGAAAUUAAAUUGAUUCGUUUUCGUACAAUCUUUAUUCUUACUUCUUGAGUGUAGACUGUAGAGUGAACUACUGUGUUAAUGUACUAAGUAUUCAUUAAACAAAUAUCGAAUAUAAUUAAAUUUAAUUGUAAAUUAUAGUGAUUAACUGUUUGUGUUGUCUUUUGUCACUUGUCAGUAAUUAUUUUAUUAAAAACACGUAAAACGGAAUUGCUAUGAGCAAUGGCUGCUGAAGACUUCAAGUCGUUGCUGCAAGUGUCUCCGGCCCUCACCAAUGAGCUGCUCAGCGAAGCCCUAACAGAGUGGUUCAAAGAGCCUGUCACUUUCACACAUUGGGAGUACGUCGGCGACACGGGAAAAGGUGAUUCGUAUUUGAGUGAAGUUAUACGAAUCAAAAUUUACGGUGACGCGAACGACACGUCUAAAUACGUGCAAGUUGUCCUCAAGAACAUACCGAAGAACGUGUGCAGACGUCUGACCUACAGAAGCGAUGAGUUCUUCAAAAACGAGAUCAACUUCUACCUCAAAGUCGUGCCGAAGUUACUAGAGUUUCAAGCGACUAAAAACGUCGCAGACCCUUUCAAAGGGUUCACCAAGUUAUUCCUCGCGUACAGCGAUGGUUUGAACGACGUCGUAUGUUUGGAGGACGCGAAUAUCGAAGGUUUUGGAACCCACAAGUUGCGCCAAGAAGGCAUAGAUUACGAGCACUGCAAAGUUACGAUAAAAAGUUUAGCACAAUUCCACGCAUUGUCCUUCGCUCUGAGAGACCAAAACCCGGAGUUGUUGAACAGAAUCAGCGAUGCUCUGUUCGAAACAUACUAUGAUCCCAGACUCUGGGAUUGGUACGAGAGAUUCUGGAAAAGGGUUUGCGGUAUUGCUAUUGAUGCAGUGGAAAAAGAGUUUCCGAAUUCCGUUUAUUUGGAGAAAGUCAAGGAGUUUUCUGUACCAGAGCGAUACGAAGAUAUGAUCAGAGCCGUAAGAGAUAAGACCAACGCAGUUAUUUCCCAUGGAGAUUCGUGGACGAACAAUUUUUUGUUUAAAUACGAAGGUGACACUCCUGUUGGCGCGAAGAUAAUUGACUUCCAACUAUCCAGAUGCGCAAGUCCAGUGUUGGACAUAGUAUUCUUUAUAUACGCCUGCACGGACCAAGUCUUGAGGGAAAAGUAUUACGAUGAACUCCUGAAGUAUUACCACGAGGUUCUGUCAACACAGAUCAGUGGGCUGGGUAGUGACCCCCUGAAAGUUUACCCCUGGGAGACAUUUAUGGCAGAAGUCAAGAAGUACUCCUACUUUGGGCUGGCCUUCAGUUUCGAGUCCACACCAUUUAUCAUUUUGGCACCCGAGGAUGCAGUCAGUAUGGAUAUGGAGGGCGACAAAAAGAAGAAUAUCGAAGACUUUUGGCAAAUACCGCCGAUUAGGACUAAAGAAGGCCGGCUGCGGGAGGCAAACAACAUCGUGCACUGCGUAGACCGCGGGUACAUAUAACAUUGUAUAUUGUAAGCUAGCGGACGCCCGCGACUGCGUUCGCAUCAAAUUAUGUUUUCACAAAUUUGCGGGAGCCAAGGAUUUUUUUGGGAAAAGUAGCCUAGUUAAUCCAGAUUAUAUUCUUUCUCCAUUCCGAAUUUUAACAAAAACGGUUCAGUAGCUGCGUUGUAAAGGAGUAGCAAACCUACACAUACAAACAAACAUCUUUAUAAAAUUUGUGUGAUAUUAGUAUUAUAGAGUAUUAUAAAUAAUGAUACAAAUCUAUUUAUGGGUAUUAGAAGGCGAGUUUUUCACGAAUUCAAUCAUACAAACUUGAUCUAAUAUGGGACCUAAAUCGGUUAAAAUAAACCGACUUCAAAAAUACUCAGUAAAGUAUAUAACCAAUUCAGUGGCGUGCACUUCAUACAUGCAUUAAAGUACUGCAUACCCUAAGAGUUGUCUUCUUAGUGCUUAUUAAAUACAGAUUUUUGCAGUUUGCUUAAUUUUAUUACUAGUUCAUACCCUUGCAUGCCCUGAUCGACAACCUUAUGUAUGCCACUCAUAACUAUGUAUGUAGUCAACAUGCUCAAAACGACUACUGAACCUAUUUUGAAGAAACUUGCACUGUUCCUAACUCGUAAGUUAGAUUAGGUAUAAGCCAUCUUUUAUUUGUAAUGUGACAUGUAUUUCAUUAACAAACAGUUCAAAAGAAUGUGUAUCUUAAGGAAGUAUUAAAAUAGAUAGGUAAAAUUAAAUAGAUAAAAAAUUUAAUCAAUUGUUUUAUAUUAAUAAGAAAUUAUGUGAUAUUAUUAAAAUGGUAUUAUUAUUGUAUUUAAAAAAAUGUAUUAUGUUUUAUAAAUUUAAUUUGUAUUUCUUAUUAUUUAUAAAUGUACAAAAAAACAAUACAUUGUUUGAAAUAAAUUUACUUUAUUUUUCUUUUAAAGUACAAUUACAACCAAUACUUUAUUAAUAUGUGUACAAGCCUCAUAGUCCAAGAUCCGGCAUGAGGAAUAUAUACCCUCAUCUGUUAUUUGGGAUAAGAAAUAAAUGAUAGAAAAUACA